GAAAGAGCCGGGCGGCGUCGGGCGGCGUAGCCACGUGGCUGCGGCCCACGCCACGGCGAGGAGGGGGGCAGCUCUAAAGCGAGCUUGGCGGAUUGGGAGGAGAGCGCGGCGACAUUUGCAGGACGAGUCAGUGAGCACUGAUCUAUGUUGGUUGCUUUGUUGGUUUGGAGAAUCCCUGCUAGUACGCAUGAUCCCGGUUCCUCUUCACGUAUUUCCGGCACGCUCCGGAAGCGGCCCGUGGCCGUGCCUGCUGUCGCCUGCGGUAGGGUGGGCGUUUUUGCUGACAGCUGUUGGGACGCUAGCAUCUACGCCACUGGCACAGUACACUGUCCCUCUCGGCAGGGGCCAUUCAGGCAUACGUGCUGUUUUGGUCUGGCCAGUGUAGUGUGGAUGACACAUCUCGUGCUCACUAAUACUACGUGGCUGUUCGCAUCCAGUCAACAGCAGCCGCAUGUUGCUUUCGAAGCGCGCGGCUGGCUUUGUCAGUCAGACGCCCCCACUGCUCAUGUGCCGGGGGCGUCACAGGCGCUCCGGGCGAGGGUGUGCCUCGCCCGGUUGCUUUCUUAUGGGCGGGCGUGGCUUUUAUUCGGGGGCCAACACCAGUGCAUUUUGCGGCCUGCAUUAUUUCGGGCCUCCAGCGCUGGGGAUUCCCGGCCCCGCAAGGCCACUCCGCUGCUUUUAUAAGAUCCUCUCAUGUGAACCCAAGAGCACGCGUGAAGCGAAGACGCACCGCGUGUAUCCGACCAACAAUGCUGAUGUGGCAUGGUCAUGGGAUCAAGCGUUGUGUAUGUGUUUGUGGUGUUUGCUGCGGCUACUUGGUUAUGGUAAAAAGAAGGCGGGUUGAGGCGGGAAGGUAAACCUUGUUGAGUGCUUCCUGAUUGUUUGUCGGUUGAUGCAGUCGUUAGUCUGUAUGAAGGACCGAAAAGAUCACCGAUGGUGAUGGUUGGUGAGAGGAAAGAGACGUUUGCACUUGCACGUCACUGAGAAUCCGGGCAAAGCACCGGCCGGGUAUUGACAUUUGCGGGUUCGUUUAUGCAGCUGGACAAGGUCGGGAGCAUUUGCAAUGGAUUGCAGUGUGUGUGUGCGCGCAUGGAGUUGGCGCGAAUGCUGAAGUGCACGAGUGUGUGGCAAAUGCGCACUGAAUAUCUUAUGUCGCUCAGAAAGGAGAAGAUUUGCAGUGGCGAAGAAAGGCUUGGACUGACCGCGAACCGCGGGCGUCCUGUUGACUUCGAAGAGGAUACGAGAGCGGAUGAGGAGGAUAAUGCCUCCCAUAGACGUCAAGAAGAGGGGGGGGUAAACUAAAGGCGGCUGUCUCAAGUUAAAGCGCUGUGUGGAAACGGGCCCGUGCACGCACAAAUACAAUAAAUUUUUUUUGCCGAAGGUGUGGCUGGCAUACGGUUUGAUUCGAGGUCGCGCUAGUUGCAACAUUGAUCACUUCAUCAGUGCGACGAGAGCAGCAGGGCCUCCGCAGCAGCGGGAUGCGGUGCGCACGGAAGGUUCCGGAGUCGCCGGAUUAAGGAUACCGUAUGAUUUGGAUGUCACAUGUGCGCAAGCGUUUCAUUAUCUGAUGGUGUGGAGGGCUAAGGGGUUCACUAGGAUCCAAUCUUGCCCGUCUAUCACCUGUGCGGAGCUCCUGCUGUUGCUCAGUGAGUGCCGGUGCUGGCGACAAUCAAAAAUCAAGGUUUGGCACAUAAAAAAGGACGCUAGGGCCCUGCAUUACACCAGAGGGAGAGCAGCGUUGGGCAUGAAUUUGAGGCCCUUGGUAACAACGGGGCGAGAGGUGAGGAAAGGUGGUGGUUAGAGAGAAUGUUGAGGUAUCGAUACAAUAUUAGGCAAAGCGCGAAAGCCGUGUGUUCUAAGCUAGCGCCAACGCGGUGCACCUUUGCAAGGGGUGCUUGUUGCUGCGCACCAAAGGCAGGCAGGGCCCGCAGCAGCGCGUGACUGAGGCUAGCCGCUCUGUACAGAGCGAAAGCAUAUACCGUAUGGGGAUUUAAUACUUGCACGAUAAGAUUUGCGCGUUGAGCAGCGGAUGCCGCGCGUGAGCGUGAGGGGACCGGGUACUGGCGAGGGAGAGCGGCAGGAUCCGAGAGGCCGGGACAUAUGACUGAGAGCGCGGAGCAUGACGGUGCGGUUGUGCAAACCAAGUGCUGAAAGCGGCGAGGGCGAAACAACGUCAUACUGUGUUCGUGAAGUCAUAAAGAGCUUUGUGUGAGUAAGACUCUGUUGGCGACGGGAGAAAGUGCGGACUCGGGUGGAAAAGGUAUGGUCACAGACUCAAGGUCGGGUUUACCGCACUUGCAGUAUAUGCUUGAGGUUGUGCCGGGGCGUGCUGCUCGGUGGUGCAGCGCAUGCCAUGUGAGCAGAUGCUGUAUGGGCGGAGGCGGAACAAGGUCAAUUUGCGCAUGUGUUUUCUCGGUGCGUCUGAUACCCGUGCAUGCGCGUGGAUUUUGUGGACCUCAGUCUGGAUGCGUGGGUGUGAACAUGUUCAAAUAAUAAAUACGGUAUCGCUUUGCGAUGCCGUGAAUGCGUGUGCGCGUGUGGCUGCGGCCGUUCCCCGGUGGUCGCCAUCUCGUCAUAAACGGCACAUGCUUUCUCGUGCCCCGCAUGUUUUCGUGUGUGUCUAAUUGGGUGCGGCACCUGGUCGGUUUGCUGUAGCUCCAUUAUUUCUUUUGACGAGAGUGGGAGGGCGCUGCCGGUGGCAAAACAAUCCAAAUAAAGAGUAGGUGGUCGACAGUCUAUUUGGGACUGUAGGCUGUGACGGUGAGCCCAGGCGCAAGGGAUUGAUUCUCGUACGUACAUGGUGUGUGCAAGAGGAGAUGUCGUCACAGACUGCGGAGAACCGCUCAUCGGCACGGACUCCAGGAGUGGGAAGUCAGAGGGAAUUGUGGAUGAGGGGCGGCUGUGCGCAUAUGUGUGCGUGCGUGUGUGGUUGCGUAGGAAUGUCGUCGUGUGCAGCGGUAGCGAGGUGUUGCGCGUAGGUAAGACUGACUCGCCGAGAAGACGCAGGCAAGUGACGGGCAUUGGCAUUUGCGGAGUGGGACUGGCAACUGGGCCGUGUGGGGCAGCUCCACGGCAUACGAGUUUUGGCAUCACAACGGUUUUCCCGGGACAGAAUUGCGGCAGAGGCCUUGGGUGCCGAGUUGGAACGCGGCAAUUUUGACGGGGAUACGGAGACGGUACGCACAUUCACACGCAUCGCGUCUCACGCGUGGAGCGCGGCAUUUGACAUAGUUUGGUUCAGGCGGAUGUGGAAUGAACGCCGGGCCGCUACCUGGGCCUGGAGCAUGUUACUUAUCCCAGGCCUAGGAAUGCGAAGUUUGCAGGUGUGCUUGGUGUACUAUCUGCGUCAGAGAGCAAGGAGCCGGCCAUCUUUCCACAGGUUGGGUGCUUGCGCAUCGGUCACACGGUGCGCCACUGACUAGCGGCAAUCAGGAGUGCACCACCAGUGGGUUUGCGGCUUUCACAUAAGUAUGCAUGCGACGCGGCGAUGUGGCGGCGCACGGUGGACACGCAUGCAAACUACCUGUAAUUUUGUUGUUGUUGUUGUUGUGUUUGUUGGGAAUUUCGGCAUACCUUUUGGUUGCAGUUUUUACCAUCACGCACCGCGGUUUUCGGGGCCCAGUGUUGAGAUGUGCUCCCGCGUCUGAAAAAAGUAUUGGAUGCAAGUGGACUGACCGGCAUGUGGUGAUGUUAAAGCAGGCGAAGCCUGCCACGCUAAUUAAUCAUCGGUGGCGUCAAAAAAAAACCGUGCGACAGGUGUCGCCACGCGUUAUGUGGGCAUAAAACAACACAUGAUUACUCGAGAGCUCGAGAACAACACAAGCAUUGUAAGGAACUGUGUCG